UCAGGCCCAAGAAAAUGAAAGAAACGGUGAAGAGAGGAAAAUGCGACUUGCCCUCAGGUGGAAAUCGUAUGCCAGACAGAACCAUGUGGCAAGAUACAUCGAUAUUUCCUGUCUGAGCACCAGCCUUUGCACGAAUUGGGUGGCGUUCCUUGGGCAGGCACUGUGUUCGUCAACGGAGGCCUGUGGUGUGGUUCGACGCUAGUGCACCCAUACUGGGUCAUCACGUCUAAAGCCUGCAUGGAUUAUGAUGGUGAGGGCCUUCCAGACUUAGCGUUGGAGUACGUGAGCGUCGUGAUGGGAUCUUGGCGCGAGGUCGGGGAGCCUCGUCUGUGGGGAGCACAUGAACAUGACCGUCGCGUGGAUUUCAUGAAGGCGGUGGAGAACACAGAUAUCCUUCUCCUUCACCUGGAGAAAAGAAUGCCAAAAACCUUAUAUAUUAGUCACCUAUGCCUACCCAGCACCGUUGUCGAUAAUAUGGCUGUCAACAAAACCUGUACCAUUGCUGGUUAUUCGCCGGCUGAGUACCGCACAACGCGAGGGGUAGAAUUAGAAUCGGGAAGUCACUGUGGAAAUGGGAGCGUUUGUUUCCUUGAGAAAACAAGAGAAAAGCCUUGCAUGAGAAGCUGGUCUGGUGUCAUAGCAUGUAAAUUCGGGAGGCCAUCAAAUCCCACCUGGGCAGGAGUGGGAAUGUGGGACUACAAACCCCCCAAUGGCAACUGUGUUGAGACCACGACCCAUUCGAUGUUUACGGAGGAGGAACUGUUUGGCAUACGCUCGGUUCAAGGUGGGUUAAUGUGUAAUGUCAUAUUUCGUGAUAUUUUCUAA